ACUUUAUAUAGACUUUUGUUGAUUCUAAAUUAUGUUUGAUGUCCUAGGAGUAGUCUUUAGUCACCAAAAUGUAUCAUUUAAUUGUAUUAUUAUAUAUAAGUACGAUUUCCGUUGGAGAUGGACCAUGUCCUGGAUUUUUCAAAGGGUGUUGUCCGGAUACAAGAUGGGAUCCAAACAAGGACAUAUGCAUAGAAUGUCCAAAUGGGUUCGUUGGGGAAAAUUGCUCAAUAUCUUGCAAGUUUCCAUAUUAUGGGAAGAAAUGUGAAAUAGUUUGCAAUUGUAACAAAAGCAGCUGUAAUGUAACCCAUGGAUGUCCAACUUCCACAAAUGAAAAUUUGUCUUUUCCACCAGAGAGCCAGGGAAAAUCUCAUACUCCAAACAAAAUACGUACAUUACUGGUGGUCUUUGGUUGCAUAUGUUUAGUAAUGUUUAUCUCCAUUGUUUGCAUUAUACUAUUGAGUGAAUACUCACGCUGUCCUAAAAGGAUGCGUAGAUUGUCUUCGAAGAAACGUAGAGAAUAAUGCCUCAAAGCAGGCAAAUGUGGAGGAAGUCAUUACACUGAACAACAACUAGAAUUUAAUUUUACAGAAAUGAAAUUUAGACGUUUGUUAAAAAAUGCAGCAUUUUUUAAUAACUUAACUCAAGCCUUCAACUCGACAUUUAGAUAUAUCGACGACGUACUGUCAAUUAAUAAUAGUAAUUUCCAUUCAUAUGUCGAUACAGUAUAUUCUGGUGAGCUUGAGAUGAAAAAUACUAUAGAGGUCGACACUUUUGUUUCAUAUUUGGAUAUUUUACGUGAAAAAGACACUAAUGAUAAUCUAACAACCAAGCUAUAUGAUAAACGUGAUGACUUUUACUUUUCUAUCGUCAACUUCCCUUACUUAUGCAGCAAUAUACCUUCAUCACCUGCAUACGGAGUAUAUAUUUCAAUUGAUUCGAUACGCAAGAGCAUGCUCUACGUAUGAACAACUUCUAAAACGAGAUAUAUUAUUGGCAAGCAAGUUGAUGAAUCAAGAUAAUCAGCAGUCUCGUUUAAUGUCACCAAUUCGGUAGUUCUAUGGUCGAUAGAAUGACUUUGUCAGCAAAUCCAAUUUAUCAUGAAGUCAAAUGUUGACUGACGUUUUUCAUACCAAUUGUUAGUCCAUUAUUUGUACACUGAAUUUACGAUAGAUUUAAUCCGUUAUUUCCUAAUCAUGACAAGGAGCACACGGCGCAUGUGACCGGUCGGCAGGGAAUGCUCACUCCUCCAUGGCACCUGAUCCCACCUCUGAUGUUUCGAGGGUCCGUGUUUGCUCUGCUCUUAUAUUGUAUUGUUUUAUGGACUUUGAGAUUGAAUACUGUUCGUUAUCUCCAUAUCCUUGUUAGUUGUGCGUAUCCAAUAUUGUAACAACUGAAAAGGUUUUAAUCAUAGUUUGUACAGUAAUACAAAGAUAGAAUUAUGGCAUUUUAGACAAGGAACUGAAAUUCCUAUAUCCUUUAAAUAAGUUUCAUUUUUUACACAUGUAUAAUAAUUAAAAUAUAAGAUUUUAAUUAAAUGAACAUAUAAAAUAUUUGAUGAUCACCCCUGGAGAAUAAAAUAAUGACUGAAUGAUUAUUUAUAUCUACAACUAUUUCAUGUGCUAAUAGACAAUAAAUUUAAUAAUAUUAAAACCCUUUUCGCAACUUGUUCUAAUUGCUUGAGUGACUAAGGGGAACAUGAGAAUUUGAGUUGAGUAAAUAUGUCAUUUAUUGAUCAGAUAAAUAACAAAAGUUAAAAAAGCAUACGAAAAAUACAAUAUCUGACAAUCAUUUAAAUUAUAGCUGGGACAAGGGCAACUGAUUAAUAGUUUCAUCUUAAAUAUAAUAUAUUGCGACUAAGUGCUUAUUCCAGAUAUCGUUACAAAUUGUGUAUCAAAAUGGUGGUGUAAAUAAAAAGGCCACACGGCAUGCUUGAUCUUAUACAAUGAGGAAAAUUUUAUACAGAAAGAGACAAUUAAAAAUUAAAUCAACAAGAAAA